AUGGAUUGGCAGGAUCAGCAGUGUGGAAGGAUGGAAGAAAUUCAUCAGCAAUUGCGUUCCGCCUAUUACCAGUUCACAUCUAUCUCCAGUAAACAGUGUAAAGCUGCACACCCUAGUCACUGUGAGAGUGAGGAUGGUGAUGGGGUCCAAGACCUCGAAGACAAGGCACCAGGAGAGAAAUCCACCAUUGUACAAGAAACACAGGUUGAACGCUUGCAUUUGGAAAUUGAAGAACUGAAUGUGAAGUAG